UCCCUUAGACUUUUUUUCUUUUGGCCUCUAAAAUCUGCCUUCUACUUUUAUCCUGUGACCUCACAACAUACUGUAAUGAUUACGAUCUCUUAGUCAUGCUCUUGGGAAAUGCGCUAUUAUCACAUUGUGAGACAACCAGGGGUUUUUAAGUGAUUCCAUUCUAAGAAGGUACUUGGGAAGUGAAGAGAGAAACGCCAGCUCUGUCUGCUGCUUUGGGUGAAUCUGAGACCAGAAGUGCCACUGUUGCUCGCUGGACUCCAGCCUCAGACUGCUUCCAGGGAGGAGGUGGUUAACCUCUAGGAAGCUACUUGAGCUUGACUUCAGGAACUGGGUGGUGGCCGCGAACUGGGAGUGACGCUUCUGUGGCUGGAGGCUGAUUGGUCCAGGCGUGUGGCCAGCGAGUUCCCUGUCGGUCCAGGAAGCAGCUCUGAGCUGUCCCGGUGGCUGGACAGCUCACAGGUAUUCCUGCCCCACCCUGCCCUGCCUCCCAGGGAGUCUUUGCUCUGAGUUCUCCUUUGAAGAACAAAACCCAGCAACCUUCAGGGUCCUACUGUGACAGAAAAGAUGGUCCUUAAAACCAAAGAAGACGAUGUUCCCAGUGACCUGACUGCAGAGGAGCGCCAGGAGCUGGAGAACAUUCGGCGGAGGAAGCAGGAGCUGCUGGCUGACAUCCAGAGGCUGAAGGAUGAGAUAGCAGAAGUAGCUAAUGAAAUUGAAAACCUGGGGUCCACAGAAGAGAGGAAAAACAUGCAGAGGAACAAACAGGUAGCCAUGGGCAGGAAAAAAUUCAACAUGGAUCCUAAAAAAGGGAUCCAAUUCUUAAUAGAGAAUGAUCUGCUGAAGAACACUUGUGAAGACAUUGCCCAGUUCUUGUAUAAAGGUGAAGGGCUCAACAAAACAGCCAUCGGUGACUACCUGGGGGAGAGAGAUGAGUUUAACAUCCAGGUUCUUCAUGCGUUUGUGGAGCUACAUGAGUUCACUGAUCUCAACCUCGUCCAGGCCUUACGGCAGUUCCUGUGGAGCUUCCGGCUGCCGGGAGAGGCCCAGAAGAUUGACCGGAUGAUGGAGGCGUUUGCCCAGCGCUACUGUCAGUGCAACCACGGGGUGUUCCAGUCCACAGACACGUGUUAUGUCCUCUCAUUUGCCAUCAUCAUGUUGAACACCAGCCUGCAUAACCCCAAUGUCAAAGACAAGCCCACCGUGGAGAGGUUCAUUGCCAUGAAUCGAGGCAUCAACGACGGGGGAGACCUGCCCGAGGAGCUGCUCCGGAAUCUGUAUGAGAGCAUAAAAAACGAACCCUUUAAAAUCCCAGAAGAUGAUGGGAAUGACCUUACUCACACUUUCUUCAACCCAGACCGAGAAGGCUGGCUAUUGAAGCUCGGAGGUGGCAGGGUAAAGACUUGGAAAAGACGCUGGUUCAUUCUGACUGACAACUGCCUUUACUACUUUGAAUACACGACGGAUAAGGAGCCCCGUGGAAUUAUCCCAUUAGAGAACCUGAGUAUCCGGGAGGUGGAAGACUCCAAAAAACCAAACUGCUUUGAGCUUUACAUCCCCGACAAUAAAGACCAAGUGAUUAAGGCCUGUAAGACGGAGGCUGACGGGCGAGUGGUGGAGGGGAACCACACGGUGUACCGCAUCUCAGCCCCAACACCUGAGGAGAAGGAAGACUGGAUCAAGUGCAUCAAAUGUGCCUACAUAACGCCAGGGAAGAGUCACAGUGAGGUAGAGCUCAAAAGUUGAGAAGACAUUCAGCAUAGCAUCUCAGGGGAAACUUUGAUCCUCCACAUGCCGUGCAUGAAAUCCCAGUUUGGGGUCCAGAGCAAGGGGCCAGCUGACUCACCCCCUCACUCCAAGCUGGUGGACAGCGGCGCCAAGUGCACAGACUUCUACUCAAAACGUGAUGCAUGGAUGUGCCCAGCAGCUGCGCCUUCGUACUGCAGAACGUCAGAGCCCUCCCCGAAGGCGCCAAAGAGAUGCUUUGCUGGAAAGGGAAACGCUCUGAGCAGAGGAUCACGUGCAAGCGAUACAUGCUGCUCCUGCAGGAAGUGCUCUGCUGUAUCUUUUCUUUCAUAUGUUAUUCGGGUGUUGGCACAAGGAAAGUACGGGGCCAGCUGCCAAUUCAGGCUACUUGACACCGUGGACUCUGCCUUGCGGUUCCUGGGGAGGCCAUUGUCUCACGUUACAGGACCACGAUCUCCUCGCUGGAUGGUCUUGGCCCCAGCAUAGACGAGCCACAAGCAGCUCUGUGGUCAAGUCUGUGCUGUGAAGUGUCUCUUUCUCUCCUUUCCAGCCGAGGGUUCUGCUAGAUUUUCAUGGUUUAGAUCAACUCCAGCUUCUACCUGGAGCGAGCUGUUUCCUAACCUGGUUAAAACAAGCGGGCUGCUAUGUGUGACUCGCUGCAGAGAAGACAGUAGAAAACCUCGGCCCUGUUAGCCACGGACGGUCAUGUGACUUGGGUACCAGAACUCAUGUCCUGUACCAAGAGGGACAAGAGUGAUCGCAGCCAGACUAGCCUCAUCUUCCUUCAUCUAGUCCUCCUCUUGGUUCGCUGCAUUGCAUCGCACGAAAUCUACUUUCUACUCUUGGAUUAGAUCUUUGUACAAAUUCAGUUGAAACACAUCUGUUUAUGUUUCCUACGGGUUCAGAAUUCUGCUUAGCAUCCUCCUGACAAGCGUCCUUAGUGGUUAUCAUACACAGUCUCCUCCGAUCUUUAUGCUCUUAAGCAAGACGUAAUUACAGUUUAUUGAGCACCUGUGUCCUGGGCCUUUUCCUUCGUUUCUCCACUAUCCCCGACUACCACCUAAAAAACUAGCAUCCUGCCAGACGUUAACAGGUGCUCCUGAGUGUUACGCAAACAGGUUUAGGACAUGCCAGUUUGGGCCACGUGGCCAGCGUCCUUUCCUGCAGCCUCUCCGUAUCUGCAGGUGUCCAAAGCACGCACCGUCUCCUGGACCUUGUGCAUGGCGCUCCCUUGCAGGUGGCAUCUCAGGAGAAGCCAGCGUUCGUUGGGCCGGCGCUACCCUUAUCUGGUCCAUUCACCUUUCUCUGAUGACCUGGGUAGGCCCGGCCCUUCCUGACUUCAAGGCUGUCACUGCCUCUCUGGCCAGCUCCACUUUCUUUGGGAUUCUGGCCCUGCUCGCCUCCUAGUUUGGGCUCUUUCUUGCACCUUUCCUGGUUAUUUCUUCCUUCCAGCCUCUGGGUUCUUACUUCUCAUGGACCGUCUGUCUCCUGCCUCCUGGCCCUGCAAGUCACUCUGCCUUCCACUUGGAAGUUCCUCCACCUGCAUCUUCGUGGGAUGCUUCUUCUCAUCCCUAAGAUCCCCGCUGGGCAACCCCUACCACCAGGAGCCUUCCCAACCCUCACCCCCCAUUCCCCGCCAGCCCCCUGGUCUCUCCGCAUCAUGAUUCACAUCAUGCUGACUCUUUCUUUUCUGUUUGGAAAGGAACGCUCUUAAUGGUGCAGCCUGCCGAGUUUCACAGGAUGACCCUGAAUUUUAACUUCUCAGCGGUUUGUCUCUCAGCCUAGGCAAAAUCCACGGGAGCUUUCCUCACUUCGUGCUCACAGAACAACCCACGGGAAUCGGGGAGGGGAGCGCUGCUUGGCCUUACACCAGCUUGGUGAACGCAGACUGGCUCAGUCCCAGGCCAGCACCAAAGACCCUUCUGGAAGCUCUGCGGGGGCUUCUCCCAUUGUUCGUGGCUUGAUUUUACUUGGGGGCCGUCCGCCUCUUAGGCCUUGAUCUCAAAGGGCCCUUUUACUGGGGACUGAGGGCCAGAGAGGACGGGUAUUGACCCAAACGCUCUCCCAGUUUAAUGAAAACGUCUGGAUUCAGGGCCCAAUUCUGAUACCCAGUCUGGCCCCCCGUGACCAUAGCCCUGCCUCGUUAGGGUGAGGCCCACGGGGCAGGAGUGUUCUGAGUGGCCUCUCCACAAAGCCGCUGGGGCCCCGUGAACACAGGUAGCUUCGCCGAGCCUGGUUCUGUCCUGUGGGGUUUAGGGACGAGCCCCACAGAACCGCUUGUUCGUGACUCUGAGCAAAGUGAAGUCGGGGUCUCCGGGAACUGCUGUGUGAUUUGCCCUUCAUCUUGGCUGCCAGGAAGCCCAGAGAAAGGGGCACACUUCCUCAUGUGACUUGUUAAUCCUGCUUUGCACUUUUAUUUUUGUUAAUAGACUUAUUUUCUUAGAACAGUUUUAGGUUUACAAUAAAUUGAGGGGUUGGCCCAAGGAUUUCCCAUAACCCCUGCGCCUACACCUGCAUAGCCUCCCCCGUUAUCAACAUCCGCCACCAGAGCUCGGGGGGUAACCGACGAACCUACAUCGACACAUCAUCACCCAGAGUCCGCAGUGUACAUUAGGGUUCACUCUUGGUGUUUUACGUUCUAUGGCUUUGGAUAAAUGUGUAAUGUCUUGUAUCCGCCAUUAUAGUAUCAUGCAGAGAGGUUUCACUUCCCUAAAAAUCCUCUGUUUUCUGUCUAUUCACCACCACUUCCCCCCAACCCCUGGCCACCCCUGAUCUUUCUGCCACUGCCUACUGUCUCCAUAGCUCUGCCUGUUCCAAAAUGUCACAGAGUUGGAAUCAUACAAUGUAUAGCCUGUACUUUCCACUUUUAAUCGUGUUUUGUUUUUUUUUUAAAUAAAUUUAUUUAUCUUUG